UUGACGCUUUGUGGAAUAGCAGGGCCUGGCUAGUUGUAUCCUUAGGCCUUGCGGCAUGUGCACAGUCACCUAUUUACACCGGAAAAAAGCACCUCUGCUAUUGCCGUUUUCCUUGAAAGAAAAAAGGAAGGGCUCAUCGGUGGAAAACUCCUUCCAAAGCCGCCUCGGAGCAGCAGCUGCAACAGGACUGUUUCCGGCGCCGCCUGAAUCUCCUCCCGCUUCCUUGAGGUGGCCUCGCGUUUCUUGCUGUAGGACCCGGAAUUCAUGGAUGGAGUGCACUGAGGAUGCAGACAGCAGACUGCUUCAGCAGCCCUGGGCUUCAGUUUGCUUUGCUGAGUCCACUACAUUGAUGGCCAAAGCUUGGUUUGGAAAUACCAGCUAUACCUUGCUCCUGUCUGAUCUCAGCAAUGUGUGGUAUGAAAGUGCAGAUGCUGAGAUGAUCCAGCAAAGGUCAAAGAAGCUCAAUAAACGGCUGACAGCUCACGUAUCCUCAUUCCUAAACCACUUGCGCAGCCUGAUAUGUCCCCUUCUGGAAGGGAAAAAGAACAGCUCUACCUGCUUCUCCUGUCAGCUAAGCCCCAGCACCCUGACUCUCCGUGUGAAGAGUGAACUCUCAGGACUGCCUUUCUACUGGGACUUCCACUGCUUGGCUGCACCAGUUGAGUUGGUGUCCUGCCACCUUGUGCGGCCCCUGAUGGCGAUGAGCUUGGCACUGCAGUAUCAGGUGCAGGAACUGGCAUCCCUGCUGCUCCGGAAGGAUGCUGAGAUUGAAGAUUACCAGGAGGAUGGGGCUACUCUCAGUCGAGAACGUCUUAAGACAGAACCUUUCAAGGAAGAAACUUUCCAGCAGACAUUUGAGGCUGAGACUUUGCCCCAAGCCUGCUGCCUUGGAGAUGGACACCUAUUCACAUCUAACCUGAAAGAGCUCUACAUGGCAGUCACCCGGGAGCAGGCCAGAGUAGCUUGCAAACGGCACCGAGAAGCAUCAGGAGAUUCUGGGACCCAUGAACAUCCUGUCUCUCAAGACCUUGCCAAAGGAGCUGUGGAUUUGCCAACUGAGGAGGAGAGGACAGAAAGCCAGGCAGACACAAUGGCACUGCCCUCCCAAACCCAGAAGACACAAUUGCCUGUUGCCAAGGUCAAAAGGAAGAAGGCAAAGGGGCUGUUUGACUGAUGCAGGUGUCAACUCACAGAGACAAGGAUAAUGUGGUUGCUUUGAACACUCUUCUGUCUUCUGGGAACAUCUGGAAGGGAACCAUACCUCCCACUCCAGCACAAAGCUGUGCCACCCUGCUCAUUUUGCCAUGCCUAAGUAUGGUGGCAACGAAAUGUCCCAGUGUACACUACAGCUGUCUGGCCUGCUGUCUUGCCCUUCCACACCUCUGCUGGAAGCCUAGAAGUAAUGCUUGCAAAUAACAAGCAGAGGGAGGAAAGUGUGCAAAGCAUGGGGUCCAAAUGGUGAUAGUUGUAGGAACUCCUGUGCCUGCCUCAUCUGUAGAAUCUGUAUCUUGUUUUGAUAAUGGAUGUGUAAUAAAGAGCUUGGCUGUAAGAGUG